CAUUGUGAAGAGGCUACAGUUAAAAUCGCAAGGAAUAUCGUAAUGGCGAUGGGUUGGAAGCUAUGUAGUUUGACACAAUUUGCAGGUACUUUAAGUGCUGGCUAAAAAAAUAGUAAAAAAUGAAAGUUCGAGAUGACAGUGAUGUGGAAUCCAGUAGUAGCAGCAGCUCCGAUACUGAAAGUGAUGAGGACACGCCGCGUACAGGAGUUCCACCUGCGAUCAAUGAAAAUGAAACUAGUGCCAAACAGUUGACAUUAUUUGAUGAUGAGGAUGAAGGACUUCUUUUACUACCUCCCCCAGUUGAGGAGGGAGAAGGGGAAGGUGAAGAAGAAACAGUAGUCUAUGAAGAAGAAGGUGAGGGGGAAGCUGAGGGAGAUGAUGUCCCCCUCACUAGUCCGUCCAUUACACUGAAACAAAAUGCAAUAAUAAAGACAAAUCAGGAAAAAGAAGAAGCUCAACAAAAGAAGAAAAAGAAAAAGAGAAAAAAGUGAGUAAUAGUAACCACGU